CGACGGGCCUCGCUUUCUUGCUUGUCACUCCUUUGCAACGGCUGUCCUCUGCCUGACUAUCGCCGACUGGAUCAAGUCGUGCUUCCACUCCUUUGAUUAUUCACUCCCUAAUUCUAAACAAACAGCCUCCUAGCAGGCGCGCCGUUCCCUUCCCUCCGCGAGGCAGAGACAGUUGACCCCCAAGCCAUUCAUUCCUUUGUUCCGUUUGGGAAAGUUUGUCUCGCGCUCAGUCCAGCCUCACGCCAAUACUGGCGCCAACGCCAGCAAGUCCUUCGCCCAAACGACACUUGGACCCGAGACCCAAGUCGGCCACGGGAAGGAAUUCAGCAAGCAUCAUUGCCGUUUGGUUCUGCCCAUCAGGAAAGCUCCCGUCGGUUUUGAAUACGUUUACCGCGACCAGCUCUCCCCGGUCUCUUUCGCCUUCGAUUCGACUUCGGAACGGCAUAAUUCGAUAGCAUCACGAGUAUGAUAGCAUCAUAAAUCUUGUGCUACACGAAGAUUAAUCACACCACAACCUCUAAUAAAAGGGACUCAGUUCCACGACCGAUUACGACUUCCAACACCAUUUCGAUUCGAAACAGACCUCAGUGUCCAACACUCUAAUAUCAUGGCGGGGGUUGCGGAAGCCGGGUCCUACCGGAUGAGCGGUCGGAUUCCCAUUGUCCGCCGUAACGCGAGCGGUGUGGAGGCCUUGGAUGUGCCUCAACCCGACCAGACGAGACCUUUGGUGGCCCGAGAGAGUAUCGACUGCACCGGCGAGAAUGCCAACCUUUGCGAGAAGCCCUACGGAGCCAACAGCCUCGGUGUUCCCAUCGCAUUGGGGGUUGCAAUCCCUAUUGUCGCGCUUCUGGGCGUCGUCUUUUGGCUCCACCGUAGAAAUAUCAAGAAGCAGCGCAGUGAGGAAGCCAACGAUCCCCACAAGUCGUUGGACUUUGGUCUGGGAGACGGCUCGCGAGGCAGCAAGGGCGGGAAGCGCAAGAGUGCCUUCUUCGGUGGCGGCGGCGCCGAGAAGGCAAGUCACCGUAACAACCAGCUCUCAAUGGACAUGAAUCUGUCGAGCCCGUACCUCCUCCCGCCCAGCGCUCAAGCCGGGUCUCGCGAGUCUCUGCACUCACUGGCUCGCACUUUGCACGGAAACGAGGAUCCCUACAGCCCUGUCUACCAGCAGAGUGAUGCCAGAUCGAUGCGCUCCACCAAGAAGGGCUCGCGCGACGACUACAACGGACCAUCUGGGCCCGGCCUCUCCGUCCCUCCGUCGCGCAAGUCUUCAUUCCCGACCUCGCCCACCUCGCCCGUCACCUCGAUUCCUCCCCGAUACGAAGCCUCCAAGGACGAGGUCACGCCGCCUCCUCCUGCUCACUCGCCUGGCCAGGCCAACUUCCCUUUGAACGACACCUCUCCGUACCCCAAUGACCACCAGCUUGACGCUCAUGGUGUCUCCAUGCCCGCCGUUCCGGAGCUUCAGGAGCCUGCCCAAGCCAAGAUGCCUUCGUCCCCUAGGUUUCCCCUCCCACCCAACAACUCUCACGGCUUUGAUUUCUCCCAAGAUCAGAACAACAGCCAGCGACCGCCCCCUCCUAGCAACCUCCCUGCCAGUCCCCGACCCGUCAACUCGAACCAGCCAACUCUGACUGUCAACACUGGCGCUGCUCCUGCCGGCCCCAUGUCGGCACCGGCCAUCGAGGAAUCCCAAUACGAAACCGUUUCUCCCCAGGAUAUGGAUGGCCAGGAGCGUGGUCGCACUCAGCAUCGUCGCCAAUCGUCCGAGUACCCUCCUGAGAACACUGCUGCUCUCGGUGUCCCCCGCCAACACAACAAGCGGCUCUCUGUCGGAUUUCGCCCACUGCCUCCGGAUGAGGUGACCGAGGGCGAGGACCCGGAGACCAGGGCUAACCGCAUCCGCUCCUUCUACAAAGAGUACUUUGACGAGAGCCGCCAGACCAUGGGCUACCCUCAGGGUGCACCGGGUCAGGGCCAUGGCGCUCCGAAGCAGCAGGGCGGUGGUAACGAGUACUAUGAGGACUACGACCAGGGUUAUCUUGGCACUGACGCCGCCUAUUUCGACCCCGAUACCAACACCUUUGUUAUGCCCUACGCCCAGCCCGUCGCUCGUCGCGCCAUGACCCCUCCUCCUUCCGGCUCCAGGUUCCCCGGCCCGAGGAGCGGUCCGAGGCCUCAUGCUGGAUCGGUCAGUGGCAUGAGCAUGCCCGGCAAUCGCGGCCCUCAUCGUCCUGGUUCGGCCACCUCGAACAACCGAUGGGGUCCUGGCCCCAGACCCGGGUCUUCGGCUUCAGGCCAGUACGGCCGUCCGCGUGCCGGCAGCGCCAUGGGCGCCCCACGCAAGCCCAUGCCUCCCCCGGCUGCUCUGACCACCCUCCCGAACCCGUCCAAGCUUCGCGACGACACUCUGGCUAUUAACCCCAUCGACUUCGCUCCUCCCACUAGCUUCAAGGACCAGGCCGCCGGCCGGUCCCAGAGCCCUGGCGGAGGAGAGAGGAGGCCUUACCAGGCCCCUCUUGUCACCCACUCGCCACUCGUUUCCUCCUUUGACGAGAUGACAUCUCUCCCCAGCCCUCACCUUCUCAGGAAGUCCAACACGUUCACUGGACUUGACUUUGCGCCUCCCCGCAAGUUCAAGAACGAUGACACCACAAGCGACGCCGGCAGCAUCCGGAGCAACCGCAGCGGUAUCUCAUCGGUCCAGCGCGACGCCAUUAGAAACGGCGCCGGGCGCGUGAGCCGCCUGCCUGGUGACACGGUGUUCACCACGGCCCAGACGGUUGAUACUCUCAAGCCGCAAUGGGGCAUGCGUUCUUGAUAAGCUGAGGUUCAGUCGUGUGAUUUUGCACAUCGCCCUGUGAGCCCUCGGCUUGUUCUCUGUUUUCUUUUCCUAUCGGCAAUCAUGCUCUGCGUCAGGCCAGUCUACUCGACUAGACCUCUUAUUCGUUCGCAUCAGCAUCGGAGUUUCUUUUGGAUCUCGCAUGGCCACUCUCUACCCUCCCUCUUAGGGAUGUUACGAGAGUAACGAACGGCCAAACAUGCUCUUUUUGAUACCAUUCUUGCGGGCAAAAAGGAAACAAGACCAAACAUGCAUCCUGUCGACCUUUGCCAACAUCUGACGACUGGUAAUGUCAUCGUUUCUCGCUUUCUGUUUGCUGUUUCCUUUUUCUUUUGUCUUUUUUUUGUUUCCUUCAUCUUGUCUCUCAUAUAAUUCAUGUUGGAAAUUCAAAGCCGGCCACCAGCAUAACAAAACACCCCAUCUGGGGGGAACCAAGGGGAGGUUAUCAUGAUACCAUCUUGCCACGUUGGCAAGGCUGUUGUUUCAUGCAUGUUCCCUGCUUGCUCCCCCGUCUGGUACGAAAUCAUUGCAUAUAUAGAUCCCCUGAUAGAUAAACAACACGGAACUUGCCGAGGCGCAAGGAGGUUACCCCGCAA